AUGGCGUUGGUUGAUGCUUUAGCUCUACCCUUUCCUGGACAGAACACCAAAACCAAAUUCUACAACAACAGCUUCGUCAUUCCGUCAACGGAGAACCUCCAAACUGCAGAAGAUAGGCCUACAGAUUUGAACAGUGAAUUCCAUCAAGCAACAAGCGCACAACAUCAACUCACCGAAGAAAGAGGACUCACAAAACCCAUUCAUCUGAACAUGUGCACAGGCAACGAGUGUGCAGAGGCGACGCGGCUUGCGGGGCCGCAGCUGCAGCCUGCACUCACCCGACCGCCCUUCUCCCAGCGCACGUGUGGCUGCGGCGUGGCGGCCACGCGGCACUCCAGCGUGACGGCGUCGCCGUCGCAGCAGCGCAGGUCCUUCAGGCCGCGCCGCACCACGGGCAGCGUCCGCACGCGCCUGCGCACACACCGCGGUCACCGCCCGCCCACGCACCACGCGCCACCCGCCCCACCCGCGCGUGGCUAG